UUUCAACUACUUGUCAACCUUUAUCCAGUGAUCUGGCUUUCGUUCAGGUGAUCAGAAAAUUGCGAUCAAAUUCUCAUUUUACAGGUCAGGCUGCAUUAAUCGCGAAAUGUAGGACAAACCAUCGCCCUCCGAGGUCACGGAGGAAGGAAGAUGGUUGACAAGUACUCAAAAAUUGUACUCUUCUUUUAAUGUUCGCACCAUAUGCAUGUAAAUAUUUUAAUGGUAUUUCGAACCCUUGAAGGAAAUUACAAUUUAACCGGACAAGCCGUUGGAACAUUCCCGUUCGGUGCGAUUAGUACGUUUAAGCUGACCUCAAAUAGCCCCAGAAUCGCAUUUUUCGUCAGCUGUGUACAAACAAGUGGGAGGAUUCGUUUAGCCACUGUGACGAGUAGCGUACCGGAUUUCAGGUAUGAAGCGAGUUCCUUAUCAGCGAAAUUUGACAACCUGUUCGACCUCUCACACGGAAUAACGCCGGAACAUGAAAAAUACGUGAUUGACAAACUUAUUGAUUCCUUAUCAAACGAGUUAUUUCGUGGGUCAAGCCGACUUUCCCAAGAGUUUAUUUCGAAGGGAUUGCAAGUGAAUUUCUCGGCAACCCCAAUUACGGAUAUUAUCCAGUGGCCGGAGAAAGGCCCUGAACCUUCAACCACAAAUGCACCGACAUCGACAACUACUCGACCUGCAAGCUCCGCAGCAAUUACGACACCAAAAACCCAAACUACUACACUAACUACAACCACACCAACUACAACUACACCGACCACAACUACACCAACUACAACAACGCCUACUACAACUGCACCUACUACAAGUACAUCAACUAUAUCUAUACCAACUACAACUAUACCUUCUACACCUACACUAAGAACUACAACGCCAACUACAACUACAUCAACCACACCUGCAACUACACCAACCAUAACUACACCGACUACAACAACGACGCCCACUGCAACUUCAGCAACUACAACAACUACCUUACCUCCUACAACACCAACUACAACUAUAGGUUCAUCAACUCUAACCUCAUCCAUCACUACAAUUGCUCCAAUACCUUCAAUUCCACCAAAUGAAAUUUUUACUGCGUGUCAAUUAGCAGAAGAAAUAUCUUACAUUAGCGGAAAAAGUGUAGACUGGGACACUAAUCUAGACAAAUGGGUUUGCUUGUCGAAUGUGACCACCAAAUUUACAAACUCGUAUAUACAAGUAUCUAACACAGAUCCCAGCAUCGUAUAUUAUAGAAUUUUCAAAAUCAGCAACGGGUGGUGUACAGAUCCUCAUCAGAGCCGACAGAAUCCGUGUAAUAUUAAAUGUCAAGAUCUUCUAAACAACCUUGAAGGUAGUAUCUCCUGUGCGCAACAUAUCUUGGAAGAAAAUGGGUUUCACGAAUGGCCAGAAUACGAAAUAUGGUGCACUAACAUUCCACACAAUUACCUUGCAGAAUGCCGUCGAUCCCCAGGAUUUAUAUCAACGGAUGGACCCGAAACAGCCAAGGUGUUCAACGAGUUAAGCCAAAACCAGCAAAUAACUUGUUCCGUGCAUGGAGUUCCUCCACCAGAGUUAACCUGGGAUCAAGAAACGACAGCGUACAUAGAUAGUUACUCCGGAAGACUAGAGACAAACCAAUUUCGUGAAAGAUCGACCGAUGGAUCAUGGAUGGUUCAGCGUGGUCUAAGUUUUACUGAAGUAGUCAAAUCAGACAACCGUGGCUAUGCGCAAAAUAUCGUAUCAAAUAAAACUCAAGAAUACACCGUUACAGUAGUGCCUGCUCCGCAAAAUUCCUCAUGGACUACGCCAACGCUUAUUUCUACCGGAAUUGCGUUAGCAUUACUUAUCCCUGCGGUACUGGUGUUGUUGUGUCACCGAAAACGGUUAAUUAAACUUGGGAAAAUGCACGAUGAUUUCAAAUAUGGUCGAGACGAUGAGACAGGCAAUAAUAAAACAAAACGGCGAUUGCCGUUCCUUCCUUCCGAAAUACAUAGAACGUACCAGAAUAUCAAUGCACUACCGUUUCCGAAAGAAUUAGAAAUCAUUCCAUCGCGAUUGACUUUAAACAAGAAACAUGUUCUUGGUAGAGGAGAGUUUGGAAUUGUCUUUAUGGGAUUACUCGAUGGAAUAACUCCUACUGCAGUAAAAACCGCUAAAGACGUUUCGGAUGACGUAAAACUCAACGCACUUUUAUCCGAAGUAAAAGUAAUGGCUUAUGUAGGAAGCCAUAAGAAUGUUGCGCAGCUACUAGGUGUGCAGCUGGUAGAUUUGAGGAAAGGAUCGCUUGGUUCACUAAAAGAGUACUUAGUCAAACAUAGUGACGAGCUGGGAACCACGGUAUCAUUUGACAAGUUUCAGGACUACAUAGACCCACCUAAUUUCGUUAGACCCUUAUCCAGGUACGAAUUGUUGCGGUGGUGUCAUCAAAUUUGUGGUGCGAUGGAGUUCCUGGGUUCAAAGAAGGUUAUUCAUGGUGACUUGGCAACUCGAAAUAUCCUUCUCGAUAGCAACUGUGUAGCAAAAGUUUCCGAUUUCGGACUUUCUCGUCAGAUGUUUCACAAUUAUAAAAAAUCUGUUGUGGGAUCAGGGGAUACACCACUUCCAAUUCCAUGGUUGUUAAUUGAGGCUUUGCGACACUUGCGAUUCUCAAUCCAAUCGGACAUUUGGGCUUUCGGGGUCUUAAUGUGGGAGGUUUUCACAUUGGGAGAAACGCCAUAUAUUGGCAUUAAUAGUGUUCCCGAGUUUAUCGAAUAUUUGGAGGACGGACACCGAUUAGAAAAACCGGAAUAUGCUACAAACGAAAUAUAUGGACUAAUGAUGAAAUGCUGGACAUACGCACCAACAAAUCGAAUUAGUUUUCAGCAACUAUCAAUUGAACUACUUUGCUUGUACGGUUUGGAAUAUGCGAAAUUAGCAUAACGUUAGACAUUAAAUAUUGUUUCUCCAAAGACCAGUUAAACAACAUUAGAUUAAUUAGCAAACAUAAAGCUAAAAUUAAGGUGUUGAUAUGUUGUAAAGUACAGGGUGGUUAAAAUGUCACGCUACAAUGGGAAAUUUUUCGAUGGGAAAAAUCCAUAAAUUUCCAUUAGUUACCGAAAUUUUGUCUCUAGAAUGCAACAUUUUAAGAAUUUUGUCAUCAGUUUUGAUAAUAAUUUAAAAAAAUCUCAAUCCCAAAUCUUGUAACUAAUGGAGAUUUAGGGACUUUUCUCAUUGAAAAAUUUUCCAUUGUGGCGCGACAUUUUAACCACCCUGUAAAUGAUGUCUAAGAAAAAUGUGGUGAAAAUGUUUUUUCUGUCUAAAUAGUGUUUCUUUUCGAAUUAUCUGACGGAAUCGGAAAUAAAUAAGUUAGGGCUGCAGUUGGAAACAAUCC